UCCAAUCGAAACGCACUCGCGGCCACAUCCCACGUACGACGAAGAGCAGUGAGAGUGAGACACGUACGUGUUGUGUAUUUGUGGUGCAUACCUACGUAUUGCCCAUAGCAUACGGUGAAAGCUGUCUAGGGGCAUAUAUAGACGGCGCCGGAGAUGGGGACGGUGCAGGUGCAAGGUGUGGCGGCGUCGGGGAGGAUGCCGUCCAUGGAGGCGGAGCCGAAGACGCUCACCCUCGAGCAGCUCAAGUACGCAAGGGAGGCGGCGCUGUACGUGGUGAGGACGAGGACGACUGAGGAAGCCAUCAGGAUCUUCACGGAAGGGCUCAAGCCAGUGCGGGGCGUGCGGAAGAUGGGCUCCUCCUCCACGACGGACUCGUCGGACGACGACGUCGAGCUCGGCUCGUCGGAGGAUUCGACGCCGCGCGGCGGCGGCGGCACGGGUUGCCGCACCCACGGACGCUCCAUCAAGAGGGACAUUGCCACUGCACCGUUCUAGCUUGCGUGUUUAGUUUGAAAUUUUACCUUUUCUACGGGUUUUUUUUUCUCUUCCUGGCCCAGUAUUUUAGCUUUUGCAUCGGCUGGUAGCGCGGCAAAAUUUUGGGGUGCGUCCUGGCCUAGAGAAGGCGGCAAGAGACGUGAAGCUGGCCCGCACGACUAGUAUGCCGUUUUGUGUGUGUGUGUGCGUGUACAUAGCAGCAGACUACUUCAGUUCUUUGGCUUCAAAUUCUCCUCGUGUUCUUCCAUGCAUGUGGACUCUCACGGGGCAUCCAAAUUUCCCCUUUUUGUAUUUUCUUUCGCAACACGCACAGGCAAAACGCCGGUGGCUGUUUGGUUAUCUACACGCUUUUCACAUUUUUCGAAAGCUUGGGGUCACGUUCUGCAUGCGUUUGAUUGCCUGAAUUCGCCAUAGUCUGCAUUCUCUAUUGUAGUGUAAACUGCACCACAAUGAGCCCGCAUAUGAGAAAACGGCUGAUUUUGGGCAUUUUCAAAGUCCCGCCCUUAUUCCUCUAAGAGCAUCACCAACGGCCACGCAACGCGCCGCGCGCAAAAAACAUAUUUGCCGUGCGUCGUUCACCUGGCUUGACACGAUCGACAACGCUGGCUUCAGCGGCUGCAUCAAAAUUGAAAGCGCGUGUGUAGC